AUGGAAGAAGAACAAGCAGCUCACCAUCUGCUGAAUGUGGUGGAAGAGCGAGGCCUCAAGGUAGAUCUCGACAACAUUCUUCUGGGUUUCGAGGAUGCGGAUACAAAGCACGAAGCUGCGGCGUGGGUCGACGAGUACCUCCACGAAGACACUUUACUCAGCAAAGAAGAGCUAGAGCUGUACCAGACUUUGAAGAAGAAGGGUCUCUUGCACCAGUACGAAAGCGAGGGUGAACCCAUCCGACCUAUCUUGGACCACGAAAUUGCUGCGGCUAUUGAAUCGCUGAAGAGCUCUACUACUGCGAUUGAAGAGCAAUGCCGAGUUUUGGAGACUCAGAAAGAUGCAUUGAUGAAGCUUAAAGCUCUCGAUAAGCCCAACUUGGACGUCGAGCAUGCAAGGAACGAGCGAAGAAGGAAGGAGGGUCAGGAAAAGACUCGACUAGACGUCUCUGUUGACGAUAUCGUUGCAUCGGUCACAGAGCAGAUGACCGACGCCCAACGAGAGAUUGAUUCUGAAAGGUCAACACUCAAAGGUUACCUGUCAGAGCGCUUUGCAUCCGACGAUCAAAUUCUCAGCCGACUUCCUAAGCUGGUAUCGCAGAUUGUCACCGAGCCUGAAGUCAGCGAGGACGAGAAGUCGAUGGAGCAGUGGUGCAAGGCUAUCAUCUCUUUCCGCGCGGCGGAGAUCAAAGCUCGCGUCGACACUGUGUUUCUCACCAACGCAUCGGGCCAUUCCCAGAACGGCGUUGCAGAAACAGAAGAAGACCUCAAAGAGAGAAAGGUCGCCCUGCAGGCUGAGCUGGAAGAGCUUCACUCCGAGAUCGCUUCUGUUGCUGAAAUGGUUGUCGAGCAUGAGAUACGCAAGCCGAUGAUUGAGAUGAAGGAGCGCAAGGACAGGGACAGAACACAGGCACGAACGGCUUGGCUAAACUAUGUGCUCUCAACGCUCGAGUACAUGGGCAAACGUCUCAGCAUAGUAACCACUGGCACGAAGGACACUGACGAGUUCCAACAAGCACUCGCGCAUGUUCAAGCAGCAGCAGCAAAACGUAUACCGGAAACACACCCGCCGGUUGGAACGCCCGUAUUGAAGCGCAUGAGGUCUGACACGUCGGCCUUUACACCCAUGGUGAAGCUCAAACCUACAUCAUCGCUCGACCUCCCGGUCACACUGCAAGACGCGCUUCGUUAUGCGGGCAUAUCAUUCAGUCACGACAACAUUGAAAGCCUGCAGGAUACUCUGCAACAAGCUCAGCUAGAGCGAAGCAAGAAGCUGCAGAGCCACUACGAGUCCACCGCGACGUCGGCUCAUGAUGUAAUUGCCGAACGAACAAGCAAAGCAGAUACCGACAUGAGGGCGAUCUUGAGUGCGCUAUAUAAGCACGCACCAUUCCACCAGGCUAGCUUGACAAAUCCGGAACUGGACGAGCAGUUGAAGGCGAUGGAGCUGGAGCUGGAGAACAAGGACCGCGAGCUGCUGGAUGCAGAGGGCAGUGAAUUGAGUUUGAGCGACCCCAAAGUUCGCGCGUUCAUUGCGAAGUACGGUAAAUAA